AUGGACAAGAGUAUUUAUACAUUCUUAACUAUACACCGUUGGGAGUCCCUUAAUCGCAUGAAUUAUAGGUUAGGUUCUCUUAGACCUGUUCAUGGAAUCUUAGCUUUGAAAUUCCUCAAUUGGCUCAUCAAACAACCUAAUUUGGAGAUCAAUCACUUAACUCAUAUCUUUUCCACUACCACCCAUAUACUUGUUAGAGCUAGAAUGUACACUUUUGCUAAAACAACUUUGAAACAUAUGUUACAUAUGCCUAUUGGUUUCAACAAUGUUUUUGCUGCUUUGAUGGAGACAUACCCUUUUUGUCAUUCAAAUCCUGCUGUUUUUGACCUACUCAUUAGGGUUUGUUUAAGGGAGAACAUGGUUGGGGAUGCUGUAAAGACUUUUCACUUGAUGGGUUUUCGAGGGUUCAACCCUUCUGUGUACACUUGUAACAUGGUGCUAGCUUCAUUGGUAAAGGACCAGAAAGUUGAUUUCUUUUGGUCCUUUUUCAAAGAUAUGCUUGCCAACGGGGUUUCUCCUAAUGUUGCCACUUUCAACAUAUUGUUGAAUGCUUUGUGUGGACGUAGCAAGUUUAAAAGCGCUGCAUUUCUCUUGAGGAAAAUGGAAGAAACCGGGCAUUUUCCAACUGCGGUCACUUACAAUACUUUGCUUAAUUGGUAUUGCAAGAAAGGGAGGUGUAAGGAAGCUUCUGAGCUUAUUGACUCCAUGGUAUCUAAGGGUAUUUCGGCUGAUGUUUGUACAUAUAAUAUGUUGAUAGAUAGUUUGUGCAGAAAAGGUAGGAGUGCAAAAGGUUAUUUAAUAUUGAAAAGGAUGAGGAAGAGUAUGGUGUAUCCUAAUGUGAUCACAUAUAAUACUCUUAUUAAUGGAUUUGUUAAGGAGGGGAAGAUUGGAGUUGCUACAAAAGUUUUUGAGGAGAUGUCACCAUGUAACUUGUUACCAAGCAAUAUUACUUACAAUACUUUGAUUUUCGGUCACUCUAGCAAUGGCAACAUUGCGGAAGCCUUGAGACUUUUUGAUGCGAUGGUUUCACAUGGUUUGAGACCUAAUGAAGUGACAUACGGGGCUCUUUUAAAUGGGAUAUCCAAGCAUGCUGAAUUUGGAUUGGUUUCCAGUAUUCUUGAGAGAAUGAGGAUGAAUGGUGUUAUAGUUAAUCAUAUUAGUUAUACAACAAUGAUCGAUGGAUUGUGUAAGAACGACCUGCUGGAAGAAGCUGUACAGUUGCUGGAGGAUAUGCUAAAAGUUUCUGUCACUCCUGAUGUUGUUACAUUUUCGGUACUUAUUAAUGGAUUUCUUAGGGCGGGGAGGAUAAAUAAUGCAAAGGAGAUAAUGUGUAAAAUGUACAGAGCGGGACUUGCGCCAAACAGCACUUUGUAUUCAACAUUAAUCUACAACUACUGCAAGAUGGGAAACCUAAACGAGGCGUUAAAUGCUUAUGCAGUUAUGAACCACAGUGGUCAUGUUUCAGAUCACUUUACAUGUAAUGUGUUGGUUUCCACUUUUUGUAGAUCCAAAAGACUUGAAGAAGCCGAGUAUUUUAUGGACCACAUGAGCAGGAUGGGUCUCAACCCUGACUCUGUUACUUUUGAUUGCAUUAUAGAUAGUUAUGGAAAUUCUGGUGACGCAUUAAAAGCGUUCUCUGUGUAUGAUAAAAUGAAUAGUCUAGGCCAUUUACCAAGUCAGUUCACAUACGAGGGUCUAUUGAAAGGACUUCUUCUUGGUGGACAUAUUAAUGAAGCCAAAAUAUAUCUCCAUAGACUUGGUAACAUUCCUUAUGCCAUUGGUAGUCUUUUCUACAACACAAUGCUUACUUUGACAUCAAGAUCUGGAAACUUAUCGAAUGCAGUUACUCUUCUCAAUGAGAUGGUUAUGAAUAAUUUUGUGCCUGACGACUUUACGUACACCAGCCUUAUUGCAGGACUAUGCAGGAAGGGCAAAAUGGUCCCUGCACUUCUUUUGUCAGGAAGGGCAAUUGAAAAAGGAUUAUUAUCUCCAAAUCCUGCUAUGUACACUAGUUUAGUUGAUGGUCUUCUUAAGGAAGGACACUCAAAAGUUGCUCUAUAUAUUUUUGAAGAUAUGUUGAACAAAGGUGUUCUCCCUGAUACUAUUGCAUUCAAUGUUCUCUUGGAUCGAUACUCACGGAAGGGAGAAAUGUCGAAGGUAAAUGAUAUCAUUUCAACAAUGAGGAGUAGAAGUUUAAGCUUCAACUUGGCUACUUACAACAUUCUCUUGCAUGGAUAUUCAAAGCGGCAUGACAUGGCAAAAUGUUCUCAGUUAUACAAUAAGAUGAUCAGACAUGGUUGUGCACCUGAUAGUUUAACAUGGCACUCUCUUAUUCUUGGAUAUUCUAAGUCUGGAUCAUUAGAUGCCGCGGUAAAACUUCUUAGAAAGAUAACAAUUGAAGGUUUCAAAGCUGAUUGUUUUACGUUAAACGUGCUUGUUAGUAAGUUUUGUGAACGGAAUGAGAUAAAAACGGCACUCGAUCUGGUAAAACAAAUGAGUAUGUUAGGAGUUACUCCUAAUGUUGAUACAUACAAUGCCCUUUUUAAUGGAUUUAUUAGAACUUGUGCUUUUGAUGAAGCUCAUUGUAUUUUGCAUGCCUUGUUGGAAAAUAGUUAUGCUCCUACAUGUAAACAAUUUACCUCGUUAAUUAAGGGCAUGUGUAGAAUGGGAAAUAUAAAAGGAGCAAUGGAGCUGCAAGACGAGAUGAAAACCCUCGGGAUCGGCUCCCAAGGUGUUGCUAUGAGCGCUAUAAUUAGAGGGCUUACACGUUCAAGGAAAACUGACAAUGCUGUUAACGUUCUUGAUAUCAUGCUUGAGAUGCGAAUCAUUCCAACUGUCGCUACUUUCACGACAUUAAUGCACACCUAUUUCAAAGAAGCUAAUGUUGCCAAGGCAUUGGAAUUGAGGAGUGUAAUGGAACAGUGUCAUGUGAAGCUUGAUGUUGCUGCAUACAACGUUCUUAUAUCUGGCCUUUGUGCCAAUGGUGAUGUUCAAGCUGCUUUUAAACUUUACGAAGAGAUGAAACUAAGAGAUCUUUGGCCUAAUACCUCUAUAUACAUAGUUCUUAUUGAUUCAUUUUGUGCCGGAAAUUAUAAUGUUGAAAGCGAAGAGCUAUUGAGGGAUUUACAGACCAGGGAAUUGAUGUCUUUAGAUUUUUGUGGAGGCACUGAAAAAUGGAAAGAACUAUUGAUGAUUGCAAGGAAAGAAUUAAUUCGUACGAGGUACAAAACAAGAAGAAAAUAUGGUUAG